UGUAUGGCUUGAUGAUUUCUUCCCCAUCGGAUUCCUUUGAACACCCCUUCAAAGCUGAAUGGACCGGCCUUACAGAGAUUAUCCCUGUUGGAUGGCUUGUGUUCUGUGUGUACACACAGCAAUAGCACUGACUGCAGUACAACAACACAAGCCUGUGUUGUAUGCUGUACUGAGCAUAGGCCCACAACACACUGUAUCAUAUGGGGCAUAAAGCAUAGUGUGACCCUCACAUUACUAAGCAGGUGGAUUGUGUAUGAGGAGUGUAUGGUCCCCCACAGUUGUUAUUUUGCCCAUGGUGGUUCAUAAUGUUUUUUAGUGCUUCGGUGAACAACACUGCUCAAUGAUGGAGGCGACAACAACACUGCUAUACCACAGCUAGCCACACCACUGAGCGCCUGGCAUGCCAUUCAUUUUGUAGGGGUGCAUUGUUGCCUACAGUCCAGGGGAAUGAAUACGAGUACAGUCAGCCCAUAGGAAUCUGUUUCCUGUGUGACUAGUGGAGAGAGAGCCCGAUAGUGAUAACCCGUUGACCGUGUGUGAUGUGGAGACCAGAGAACCUUAUACAGCAGAGCAAGCUGCACUAGUCAUCAUAGCACAGCGACUACCAUCACAACAUCACUGUACUGCCACAGAGCAAGUUGCUUUUGUACACAUUUGUGUACUAUGUAUACACUCCAAAUCAAAACAAUUGUUUUGGAAAGACACACAUCUAUGUGUUUGCUGUGAAACUUAAUCUGGACAUUCCCCCCCCCCCUUGAUUGACUCCCAUUCUACAUACAACUCCAGCGAAGGACAACCUGUUUAUUAUCAUGCACUCCACUUGAUAUGUGAAAACUGUAGUGUUAUAUAAAGACUGGUGUGUGGAUAAACCGAGUUUGGCGAGAUACACUUUAGAGGUGUACCCAUAUGAAACAGGGACAGCCAUCGAGCAAAUCACAGGGGCAUACUGCACGUACGCAGAGCGAGAGCCCAAAUCGUAAGCGUAGAAGAAUGUCACAAGGUGCUGUAGAUUUGUCCACGUCCCCAAGUCCACCAAGCCUUGUCCGGCCAUGGCAGUCCUCGUCAAACAUUAGCGGCGGCAUGCAGUGGCCUGGUAACCAGCAGACAGGCUACCAGGGAGGCCAACGGUACAGCGCUGGUGACUGGUGCAAUAAUAGCUCCGGCUGGAGAACCACUGGCAGACGAAGCCCACCCUCAAAUAGAAGGCAGAGCCAACGGCAGCGUGAGCGACAACUUCGCAGCCAGAACAACCAACAGCAGCAGCAGCAGCAGCAGCAGCAACAACAGCAGCAGCAGCAGCAGCAACACCCAUCAGCGAGCGGAGGAGACCGGCGGGCAUUCCAUCCACCCAGUAUGCCACCUCACCACGCUACCAUACUUCCCCCACCGCCCUCACACCAUGCCAUGCCCUUCCAACCCCACAUCAUCAUUGACCUUAGCAGUGAAGUGAGGGCUCAUGUGCCAACAACUACGCCCAUCUCGAUUCCCGUCACGGUUCCGUCCUACGCCGUGCCUAUGUGCACCGCCCACACCAUCCCGACCUGUAGCCUUCACCAUGGCCCCUACGCACCCAUCCCGGUGACAGCCAACGGGCGGCCGGCCCACCCGCCCCCUAUCCCCAUCUGCAGUAUGGGCCACAUCCCGAUGUGCAGUGUGCACAUACCGGCAUGCAGCGGGCACCACCUGCCGGUGUCGCAGACCUCCAUGCCUCAUAUGCUACCUCAGGAGUCGUUAAUGACGCAUGUACACACGCACCACCAUGUGCCUCCGCAAGUGCAGUAUUAUGCUGCGCCUCCACCAACGCAGCAGACAAGAUCAUCGGAGGUGGAAAUCAUUGGAGAGAGGCCCGCAGCAUUCCACGUGCCUUCCUCAACUCAUCACAACCCCUCCCUCACCCCGUCACCGCCACUGCACCUCUUACAAGAGUCCAUCUUACGUAAUCCCCCAGACGUGCAUCACAUGAAUGCCUAUCCAAGGCUUAACAACAUUGGGAGGCAGCAGCAGCAGCGACGGCCGCCUACACGCCCCUGGAGGAACCAAGUCUCCCCAUCGGUACCAGUCCAACCAUCCUACCCGGGCUGGUUCCUGCGCUACCUGUUUCCAAGUCCUCCUGUCAAUCAAGUGGAACUUGAAAAUGAGGAUGCUGAAGUCGAAAACUACGAGGCUCUCCUAAAUCUUGCUGAGCGCCUUGGUGAAGCCAAACCUCGUGGGUUGACGAAAGCCUACAUCGACCAGCUACCCUCCUACCUGUACAAGCCGGACACUCAUCAGUCGAUAAACGACCAAACCUGCUGUGUGGUGUGCAUGUGUGACUUUGAAGCAAGACAGCUACUCCGUGUCUUGCCGUGUAGCCACGAGUUCCACGCCCGCUGCGUCGACAAGUGGCUCAAGACAAACCGCACCUGUCCAAUCUGCCGAGCCGAUGCCUCUGAAAUGAACAACCAAUCAGAUUAAAGAGGUUGCAGGUCAAGGGUCACAUUGUGUCCCUAAUGGCCGCCGCAAUUGGUGGAGGAAAUCUUUCACUCGUUCAAGAGUUUUCUUUGGACAGUAUUUAGUGUUUUCUUGAAAUAUCGGGUAAUCGCAUCCAAAUAGGUUUCUUUGGUGUUUGGGGAUGUGUGAUUUAUAUUCAAUAGAUUGUCGUUUUACCUACAUUCAGUUGUUUAUUUCUGAAUCGAGUUGAUUUUUUUGUUGUGCCUUAAUAAUAUACUCUUUAUGGGUUUUUCUGGUCAGGUAUUAUGAUAAACUUGUUUACAGUGCUUUUUGUGUUAUUUUCCACAAUGCUAGUUUUUAUUCUCUUUCGUAUCAUUUAAAAAUGAUGUUAUUCACUGUUUGUGCCACAACUGUAUCCACCUGUGUUGCAUUCGAUGAAUUUCAUAGUCUUGGAUCUUUCAUAGAGAUUUUCUGUUUGUGUUUUGUGAAUGGCCUUAAAAGAGAAGAAAGUGUUAACACGUAGAGGAGAUAAGUAGUUGUUUUUAGGGUCAUGACACUUUCACAAAUCGUACGGCUUAUAAUCUAACACAAAAAACUGAAUCAAAUGAUGUGUAUAAAUGCAUGCGCUGUGUUUAUAAUCCUGUCUAUGUACACUCAGACCGACGGCACUAUCUAGUAAAAAAAGUGAACGUCUGUUGUGUGUGCACCUGUGAUUCAACUUUGAGCUCUUUUUAAGGAAAACAAAUAAAAGGUGUUUCUAGUUUAAAACUAACAUCCCAGUGUGCCUGGUGUAGGAUUAGCAUUGUGUAUCCGUUUAUACAAGUACUUGAAAUUGAGUGUGGGUUAUUAUAUAUAGCAAAAGGUCGGAUUGUUUCACCUUAAUUUUAAACCGAUAUGACCAUUAAGUGUUAAACCAUUUGAUCUCAAAGCCAAACUGUUUGACCCAGGUCAAACUGUGUGACCAGGUGACCUCCAGGUAAAUCCUGUGUUCUGAAAGUUUAAAUGUAUUGACCUCUACUCAGUGUUAAACUUGUUUGACCUUGUGGGUUACCCGUUUGACCUCAUGGUUUACCUGUUUUACCUCAUGAGUUACCUGUUUGACCUCAUGGUUUACCUGUUUAACCUGAUGGGUUACCUGUUUGACCUCAAGGUCAAUCGAUUCGACCCUUUGUCUCUCUCUCUAUCUCAGUGGAAAGUUACCCGUACUCGAUGUUAGCUUUAACAAAACAAAAACAACUUUCAGAGAUUUUUAUGUCACACCUUUAUAUUAACAUCCAUUUAAUCUGUAGGUUAGCCAGUGAAAAAAAUUUCAAAAAAUAACAGAAAGUUCAGAUGUUAAUGUGAUAGAGGCUAGCAGAUGUUAAAUGUCCUUCCCUGGUAGUCUGGUGUUGGUGGCAUCCUCUCGAAGUGUCUUCUUGAAGAGCCACGGGCGUGCCAUCUCGACAGACCCAGGGGUUGGCAUAGCUUAAUGUAGUGACCAAGAGGCGUUAGAUCAAAGAAUUUUUCUGUGUGAAUUUAGUCCUUUUUUUGUGAUGAUUACCUUUUUGGAUGUGUUAUUAAUGUGAAUUUUGAAAAAAAAAUUACAAAAAAAAUAAAAAAUAAGUACAUAAAUACACAGGAAUAAAAAAAAAUCAAUGAACUUCUAUUUGCGAUUAACCAAACUAUAGUAUUCUUUAAGAUAUUUCCAUUUAAUACUGCAUUUAUAUUCUUGUUAUUUUGUUGCCUACUUGCGGGAUAUAUCUUUUUUAUUUUGAUUUGUACUUUUGUUUUGGGGAACAAAAUUUAGAGAGAAAUGCUUUGAAUUAACAACUUAUAUAGAUUGUAUUUAUGCAAUAGUUACACAUGUGAGGUGCUUUUUUAUAGAAGUCUUUAAAACAAAAUCUGGAUUGUUUGGAAUGUGCGUGUGAGAAAGAGUGAAUGACUGAGCGUAAAUGCUCUGUUCAAAUGCAGCCUUGUGUGUAUGCUCAUGUUUACCAUCAAGAUUUAUAAAGAGUAGUGUAUGCUAAUUAGAAUGAAAUAGUUCAAAGUUCAACUGUCUCAGGGUCAUAUGUGUACUUUAAAAUCUUAAUUUUUUUUCAUAUUUUGUUUUGUUUUGCAUUUUUUCUUUCUCUCUCUUUGUAUUCCAUUUUGGGAUGUCGUGAUUCCAUUUUGCAUUUAAUUGAAUAACUUUGGCGCUGGUUCGUUGUUGCUGUUUUUGCCUUGAAUGCUUUAUUUCACAUUUCUUUGCUACUUGUUUUUAGUUGGCAUUUGAAAGCUCAGUCUGCAUGGGCAUCGGGUUGCUGUUAAAUCCAUCAAUUUAUGACUAAAUUAUAUGUUUUGCAGGGCGUUGUUUUCUUGAUUACAUACGCAGUCCAGUUCAGCUUGUUUUAACCCAAGAACAUGGUGGACAAAAUUCAUUACUUUGGUGAUUUCAAACUUGUGUUAUGGCCGUUGACCUUCUGUGACCCGUAUUUAGAUACAAUGCACAACAGUGUAAAACUAAACACAUGACAAAAAUGUAUACAAAGUGUUCACACAUUUGUGAUUUUGACUUGCAAGUUUGUCUACAGAGUGUUACCCUAUCAUAGCAAUUUUUAUUCUAGAGCAUAACCACCCUCCCUUUCAGUUACCGAGCAUUUAUAAAAAGUCUUUGUUUUUAUUUUUAUUUUAAUCAAGCCUAAUUCGUUUUCGAAGCAACAGAUUUUUUUGUGGGUUUUUUGUUUCAAAAUAAAAUCGCUUCUUACAAAAUAUUUUUCCGGAAUGUUGCUGCAUGUAUUUGAAGCAAUUUACAUCAUUUUCGAUCAAUUUAGACAAUUGUUCAGAGGGACAUUGCCAACAUUUCACUCAUAAUAUUGCUGUGUGUCACAGGUUAAGGGGCAAACAUAGGCAUGCUUGUUGUUUUUUUAGAGUUUGUUCACCACACAUGUACAACCUUCAAGGCAAUACUGUUAUAAUUGUUUUCCAAAGUGUGUCCAAUUGUCUUUGUGGGUUUGUAGAAUCCCAAGUAAAAAUAUUUCGAUGCAUUCCUUUUUUUUUGUUCCAGUUAUUUUUUUAUGUGGAUUAAUGCAUGCUGAAUUCACUCAACGUUUGGCUUUUUUAAAGCUGCUUUUUUCCAUAUAAAGGAAGCCAUAUAAAGCUUAAAGUUUGUGUACACUGUUGGUAAAUUUUAGCCUAAAGGAGAAAGUUCUCAGAGUUUGGUCUCAUAAACCAUCCCAAAUUGGUGUAUAUUGAUGUUCUAAUCGGGCUAUUCACCCCCUCAAGCAGGAUAUCAACAUGAUUCCAAUACCAAAACCACUGGGUGACAAAAGGUUUUUUGAGGUUGAGAUACUGCAUGUUAUUAUGUUUAAAUUUGCAUUGUUCCUUAAUUUGGUGAAAUCAAUAUGCUUAGCACAUGAGAAUUUUGCUUAGAAAAUCAAGGUAACCAGUCAUGAUGACAUGCAUUGCUGGCGUCUUUGACUGGUCCCCUGCAAAUUGUUGCUUAGCAAUUUAAUCUGUUGAGUUUAACAGCUUUCUGAUUUACAAAUUUGCCAAUGGUGUACAAGUUGCACACUCAAACCUCAUACCCAGGGUGACUUAUGCGAAAACUGGUUUAAAACCAGAUUUAAAGGAAUUUCUGGAAACUUUGAGAAAGAAGUUAAAGAUACCUCCCUCCGUGAAAACAAAUAUUUAAAAAAAGGGGGAAAAAAAGAAAAAAAGAAGAAGCAUAAAUUUAUAUAAAAUAUUUGCCUUUGUAUGAACUGUGGGUGUUUUGUAGCUCCAGACGUAAAGGUUAUUUUUAGGAAUAAAACAUAAACAAAUAGCGUGAUUGAUAUUUGGUUAAAUCCUACUAUUUUGGUAAAUUGCUGUUAUAACUUGACACUAGUUGGUUAUUGUAUAGUUGUGGAGUGUGCAGGGGACCAACAUGAAUGCUUUUCCAUUGUAAUUGAUACAUAGUAUACCAGUGUGCCUAUUUGACAUUUAGAUACUAGAUAGACAUGGGACGUGGGCUUUGGUUUUGUUCUUUUUCCCCCUUUUUCCCCUGUAUUUUACAAUUUAAUAAGUACUGUAAUGUUGCUACUUAUUGUAAACUUAUUACUCCCAAGCGCUGCUGUCGUAGCAUUAUAACCAUUUUUUCUAGAAUUUGUCCAUGCUUUGAGAAUGUACCCCACCCAUCCUUAAUAAUAUUCCACAUCUACUUUUUAAGUUUUUGGCUUUUAUUAACAUUUGAACUCAGCUGUUUUCCUAGAGCUAUUUUUGGUAUUCCGCUUUAUGAAACAUUUGCCUGAUAAUAACAUCUGAUUAUGGAAUCAGUUGGGAUUGCAAUGUUUUGUAGUAACAUUUUGAUUUGAAUGUGGUGGUGUAUUUUUUUAAAUAUAAUUUCUGCCUCCCCACUGCCAAUUGUUAAAGUUAGUUCACGUGUGACUGUGUGUUUUUCCCUUUGAACACCUAGGCAUGAAUUGCACUGUGUGAAAUUGUAUACCAGGGAAACCACUUGUAUGAAGUGAACACCGUAAACGAAUGUUUGGGCGUUGUGAUUUGUUUAGCAUGGUCAGGGGAUCAGAUUCCAACAAAUAAGUUUUAAACUUUCCAAGAUGCAAUGAUUGAACAAAUCCCUUGAUAAGACUCACUACUUAGUAGGAAUCACAAUCCAAAGUUGUGUCCAAUCUGUGAGACACUUUGCCCUAAAACCCAAUCAAACUUAAAGUCAUUACCAAGUUAUUUCAGUGGCAAAGACCUAAUAUGCUGCAAAGAAAUUCCACCAAUACAAUAAUUUAAAAUAAGUAAAACUAAUGAACAAGCAAACAGCAAGUUCCAUUCAUAAUCUUACUUCCGCAAAGGAUUUGUAAAACUUAUAAAGGCAAAUAAUUUGCAAGAAGCUUAAACCUAGGAAAUAUCAUUAGACAAAUUCUUUUUUUACAGUCAUAUUCCCAUCCUAGAUGAGAAUUUCAUGCAAUCAUUUUGGGAAUGAAGUAUUUUUUGACACCAGUUUAUGGAAUGUUUGUCUUUCCGUAGCCAGUUAAAGCAAUAGGGUCCAAUCCACUUCCACCAAGUAACUGCCAUAGCUCUACAUAUUGUUUAUUUCAAGUGUCACUUCCAUUAUAAUUAGUGUGCCUGUAUGUGUGUGUGCAUUUAUUUAUAAUAGUAUUUUAAUUCUUAGUAUUUGAAUGCUAGCUUAAUUAUAACAAUGAUAUGCCGGUAUAAAUAUAUAUUUUUUGUUUGCCUUUUCACUUUUUGUUUCUUCUUCUCUGUUGUGCCAUUGUGUGCAAAAACAAUGCAUCCAAUAAUUAUAUUCAAAUCCAAUUGGAGUUAGGGGGCCUCUUUUGGUAGCCUGCUUAGUUUAUGUUGAUUGCAUAUAUUAAUAAAAAAACAAUACAUAUUACUAAAGAUGCCCCUCAAGCUACUCUUUAUUUAUUUUCUCUCAAUUCUGGUUGGAUUUGCAAUCUGCAAUCAUCAUUCCCUUUUAUCCACUGUCCUGCCAUAAUGAUUCUUGUGUGAUUUUUGGUUAUGCCUUUUGUAAGCAUUCUUAAAAACAAAAUCAUUGCUUUAACUGAUGAAAGAAAUAAGUCAUUAAUGACAUUGUUCAUGGGAAUAUCAGGAGUUUCUGUACUGAAAACUGAACACUUAUGGUGUGGGUUUUCAAAUGUUUUACAAUUUGAUAGAAGUUGCUUUUUUGUCAGCAUGAUUGGUUCCUAUGGUGUUGUGCACAUUUUUUUGUCCUUGUUGUGGAUUGUUCGGGAUUGUGUACGGUUUUUACAAACUCUCUUUGCAUGGUGUCUGAAAUCUUAGAGGUGUGUUGUUCAAACACCAAAGUACAACGUUUUGUGGGGAGUGGUCUAAUUUAAAGAAAAGCAUUGCUCCGUGUGCAUUGUGCCAGAUAUCAAGUUUUUUAAUGUUACAUAACUCUUGUCACAAUAGGUCUAGAUUCAUAUACCAUGUAACGUGCAUGGGGAAAUGUAUUUUAAAAUGUACUGUUUUGGGCAAACAAAUCCCAUUGUGAAUAAACGUUUCACUAUGAUUGACUCUUACAAACACACAUCUUUGUUUGUUGUACUUAGUUCCACAAAGAUGAAGACAGUAUCCACACUUCCAGUUUUGAUUUUAAAACUGUGCACAGGUUUUCUCGCUUUUUGGCAAUGUUAUCAAACAAUUGGAUAUGCUAAGGACAUUUUCAAGAUAACAUUUGAUCUUUUACUAAUCUUUGACAUUGCUUGGUUUUCGCUUCUAUGCACUCAUUUCACCUGAAGUGGUAAAUUUUUAAGUGGCUUCUUGUGAUGAAAGAAACAAGUUUUUUAUUCUUAUUGCUACCUCAUUGUUCAUUGUUUGUACAGUGAUUUUAUCAGGAUUGGCAGUGCAUUGUGUUAAAACGGUUGUAAUUGUUGGGUUUUACUUCUCUUAAAAAAAAAAACUUAAAAAAAAAUACUUGUUAAAAGCAGAGCAGGUGUAUAGAAGAGUGAGUUUGUUUCCUAUGGAAUUAUACUGUAUGCACAUCUUUACAAAGAAAGUAAAGUUAGGUCGGUAUUUGACAUUGAAUAUUCACAUAGGCUUUCUACGGCAUUUUUUCACUUUGCUAAUUCUAUAUUAGACAUUGGACAUUGGCAUAAGUUUUCACUCACUUUACAUUUGCUGUACAAACCUAUGUGAAUGUCACAUGUCCAAUACUAAAAUAGCAAAGUAGACAUUCGGUGUACAAACUUAUUUGAAUGUCCUGUGUCCAAUAUUGAAUAAGCUUUACUGUCAUUUCUUUUUAUUGAUACAUUUCUGAUGAAGUUCAUUUGGAUGUGUAGAGAGUAUUAACGCUUUAUUGUGGGCAUUGUUUCUAUACCAGCUUUACCUGCAGCAUAUAAUCACACCAUAACCUGUAUGGCCAUGCUUUGUUUAGUGUUAGGAAUUUCAUGAGGAUAAAUCUCAAAAGGUUGGUUCAGUAAAACUCUAAAUUUAACAGCCAGGCAAAAGAUUCAAGCUGGCCAGAGUGAAAUCAUGAUAUGCUUGAAGAGUUUUAAACUUACGGGAGAUCAAACAAAAUGACUGGUGUUUCUUCGCAUAUCAUUCGCGCCUUUGGUUGAAUUCGUGACAAACACUCUGUAUUCUUUCGGUUGACUCCCUAUACAAAACUGAACUAGCCUUCCUAUAUACCUGUAGAAAGCAACAUUGCAGUCGAAGAAAACAAAAUCUAUAUUGUUUGACAGUUUAUGGUUCUAGAUUUCUAGCAAAGAGCAUAAAUUAACCUUGUAACAAAAACAAAUGCAAUUUUUAUGGCAGAUGUCAGUUGAUAAUUACCAUAGCAACUAAUCAAGAUACAAUGUUUAGAUUGUGUAUUAAACUACUCAAUGAAUUAACCAGGAGAUCAUUUCAUGUAUUGUGAAGAUUAAGGUAUAAGACCUUUUAUUGGCAAAAGGAGAAACAACAAUGUAGAAAGAUUUGUUUAAAACCAAUGGCAUAUAACUGUCAGUGCAGUCAGGUAGAUUUGUGCAUGCUAACAAAUCAAUAAUGUUACACUUACAUAGCUAGGUGUUUGAUAAAAAACAAUUUAGUUCACUCUUUGUAUCUAUAACAUAGUACACAGGUUAUUCUCAUGAUGGUAACCAAGAACAGACCAAACCAUGUAGCACCGCCAAAUCAACUGUCGUGGACGAUAAAAUUGUCAUGUGCGUAGGCACUACACUAUCCACAGAGAGCAAAAUGGUGGCAGUUUUUUGUUGGUCAUUCAGAUUGGUCUGUAAUAUUCCAUCGAAUUAUCAAGUGGCAUUCGAUAUUAUUUUGAAAAUUUAGAGCGCGAUGAAUCUCAAAGAAAACAUGGAGGCCCUUUUUUGAAACUAUGGCUUCGACAGGGCUCUGUUGGUUAUUUUGAAAAAAACAAAAAAACAUACACUUUAGGUUUAACUUCAAACCGGCUGGUGGUACCUAAGCCAGAGCCUUGUGAAAGCAGCUGUAGAAACGAUCUUUGUAAAAAAGAGUGGAACGCUAGAGUAGAUUUCAACCUAAAAUAAGUACUAGGACAAAUUCUAAUCCAAUUGAAUCACUUUAUAAAAUGCAAAUAAGUGGUAACCAUUACACAAAAGUAUCACCAACACUAAGUUUUCCCCUCCAUAAUUAGGUAUAUCGUGAAACCCUUGUUAAAAUGUCUGUUACAAGAAAACAAAUAGUCACGUUUAUGUAACAGUUGUUGGUGUUUAUUGUUGAUAUCUUGCAUGUGUUUAUUAUAACACUCAAUUAUUUCCAUAAUGUGAAAUAAGUAGAUUUAUUACUUAUAACUAUAACCCGGUAUGAAAAUGCAUUGGAUUUUUAUUUUAUAGGAGUUCACACUAAGGAUAACACCCUGAUUUAUGUAGUUGAAAAGACAAACAGAAUUGUAGUAAUAUAUAUGUAUUAAAUGAACUUAAAGCGCAGUACUGUUUUAAAUUGAAAAGGAAAACCUAUGGGGCAUGUUUAUUGUUCUGCCCUUAGCGUGCACGAAAUUACCGCUUCAGUAUUUAUAUUUCACUAGCUUUAAAUCGAUAUUUGUCAUUGGAAAAAGUUUGGAUUUUGGUUAUAUUAUGGUUAUUACUGGGCAGAAUUUUAAUAAGGUAAAAAUGUUAAUAGGACAACUAAAAAUCAACACAGUUUGCCUGUUUAAUGGAUUAGUGGAUACUAGUGGAAUUAGAUUAGUUGAUUCUUACAUCCACCACUUCUUGUUGAUUCUCCUGUCGGCAAUCUCUCUUUGUUUUAAAGCAUGGAGCUGAUCUCUGCCAAUUGUUGUUUUCCACACAAUUUCAUCCACAGAUAAGUUAAAGUUUAAAGUGAUUGAUGUUCGUCAUUUGUUGUUGUUGAUUUCACUCGCACAUUUUCAUCCACAGAUGAAGUUAAAGUUGGUUGACAGUCAUCAUUAGUGGAUGUAAAUGAUUCAAUCCAAAUUUACGAUUAAUUUGGAGUUCAAACAAAUGACAUAUAUAUAUAUUUUAGAUAUAAAGUUAACAAGUGGUUGUAACAGGUGACUGGGCCCAAUUCCAAUUUUAGAGCUGUUUAAGUCGAAAAUACUGCUCAACAAUCUGCUGCUUAGCAGCAAUGAGCAGGGUUCCAUGCACAAAUUGUACAUGUGACAUGGUAGUUUGGCUGGUAACCUUAUAUUGGUAAGCAUCAUUUUGCUGUGCUUAGCUACUUUUUGUCAUUAAGCAGCUCUAUGAAUUUGGGCCCUGGUGUUGGCUAACACUAUAAUAAAUCUAUGCUUUAUAGAGCUUCAAUACCUAUGUGCGUUGUGUUGUAGAGCAUACUGAGACCAUCUGAAUUAUUCAGAUUAAGAUUCUGUGCCAAAUUUUCAAAGGGCUUUUAAACUUAGCUAUUUGCUAGGCAGGAAUGGUUUACCAGCCAAACUGUCGUGUAAUGUACAUGAACAGCGAUUGUGCAGAUCAAAACAGCUUUAUGAAAUUGAGCUAGGUAGGAAUGCACAUAGUUAAUGGAUGAUUUGUGCUUUGCACUAUUCAUGAGGUAACACAAAUUUGACAAAUCAGUUGUAUCCUUUAAUUUGCAUAUUUGCAUAUUAGUAGCAGACUGUAUUCAAAUGUGAUAUUGGAUCCUUUGCCAGUCUAAAUGCAGUGAGAUUUAUAAUACAUGCUCAAGAACUAUCACUUCACUCUGUGGUAUUUAAAAAUAAUAAAAUAAAUAGUAUAUUGUUUUUUAGUUUCCAGUACAUUUAUAGCCAGGUAUUAUUUUAAACUCCAGUAAUAUAUAAUGGACCAACUAUAAACAAAAAGCUGUAGAAAAUGGGAUUGUUUUAAAAAAAGAAAGUGUAUUUUUGCAAAGAUGAUUUAACCAAGAAAAAACGCUUAAACUUUGUAAUGGAAUUAUUAUAUUUAACUCAAGAUGCUCCGAGUAGAAAGUAGGAAUCUCUGCUUUGAAACUGAAAAAAAAAGUUUGGAACAUAAAAUAGUAACAUUUUGACACAAUGCCUCAGCAGGACUGAAAACUAAACCAGAAAUCAACAAGAUUUGUUAGUUUAAUAAGAGUGAUCAUCACCCCAGUGAAAUGUUUUUGAGUGCCAAGAAAAGUGAAUACCCAAAUCUUCACAAAUUGAAUGAUUGUUUACGCAAUGAGUGAGUGAUUGUGUUUGAUGAAAUCCAAAGCACGGAAAGCUGUCCGCCAGGGCUGAAAAAUAACUCUACUUUGCUGGCACAGAUUAAAAAGCAACCCUCUGCAAUACUUUGCAUGAAUAUGAGGAAGCUUUUACUCUUAUGCCGGCAAAAUAAUAAUAACACGACCGUAUAUCUGUUAUAAAAUAUACCCAGAAAAUAGCAAUUAUAUGAGAUUUUUAACUAGGCUCUGUUUAGCUAUGGUAAUCUGUGUCAGUUUUCUGUGUGAGUGGGUUAUUGUUUGACUGAUUAAUUAUUCUAUAAUGCACCAUGGUUAUUAUUACUAUUAAAAAAAAAAGAUAGUGUGUAGUCUGAGCGAAGAGCGCCCUCUCUUGCUUUGUUUGGGGAGAGGGCAACUUUAGGGGAGAACAGUUUCUUAAAGGGCGGUAUUGCAAUACACCCAAGCUGCAUUGUGUUAUACUGACAAUAAAUGCGCGAGUGUAAACAUUAA